AUGUCGUACGGAAAUCACUAUGGUUCCGGCACGAGGAAUAUCGAUCUUACCAAGACUGAGGCUGAUCUUGCUAUCAAUAUUCGCAAGGCAACGAGUAUAGAGGAGACUGCGCCUAAACGAAAGCACGUACGAGCAUGCAUAGUGUACACAUGGGACCACAAGUCUUCCAUGUCCUUUUGGGCAGGCAUGAAGGUGCAGCCGGUUAUGGCGGAUGAGGUCCAGACAUUCAAAGCUCUACAGGUCAUUCACAAAGUGUUGCAGGAAGGUCACCCAGCCGUAGUGAAAGAGGCACAGCAAAAUGUCAACUGGGUUGAAACACUUGCAAGAGGUGCUGGUGGAGGUGAUGGUCUGCGAGGAUAUGGCCCAUUGAUCCGCGAAUACGUCUUUUUCCUCCUUGCGAAGCUUGCCUUUCACCGUCAGCAUGUCGAGUUUAAUGGCCUCUUCGAGUAUGAGGAAUAUAUCAGCUUAAAAUCUAUCAACGAUCCGAACGAAGGCUACGAGACCAUUUCCGAUCUCAUGACCCUGCAAGAUCAGAUAGACACUUUCCAGAAGCUCAUUUUCUCUCACUUUCGUAAUGGAAACAACAACGAAUGCAGAAUCGCUGCUCUCGUACCCUUAGUACAAGAGAGCUAUGGUAUCUACAAAUUCAUCACGAGCAUGCUCAGAGCUAUGCACACCACUACCGGCGAUGACGAUGCCCUCGAGCCCCUGCGCACGCGUUAUGACGGCCAGCAUUACAGACUUGUCAAGUUCUACUACGAGUGCUCGAACCUGCGGUAUCUAACGAGUCUUAUUACGAUUCCUAAGUUACCACAAGAACCACCGAGUCUGCUGUCCGACGAGGAGAAGCCGGCCCUGCCACGAAGACCAGUAAAAGAGAUCGAGAAGCCACCUUCCCCUGUUGCAAAGAACGGUACGCCUGACCCAACCGAUAUGCAGGACUUUUGGUCGCGAGAAGCUCAGAGACAACAAGACGAAUAUGAGGCGGAACAGAGACGUCUCGCGCAGCAACUGGAAGAACAACAACGACAGCAGAUGCUUGCUCAGCAGCAAGCUCAAAGAGAUUUUGAGGAUUCACAAAGACGAGCUCAAGAACAAGCUAUGAUGCAGCAAGAACAACUACGACAGCAGCAAAUGAGUAUGCAGACUCAAGGACGUAUGGCCGAGCUUGAGCAGGAAAAUCUACGAGCUAGAGCACAAUACGAGCAAGACCAGCUUAUGCUGCAACAGUAUGACCAGCGGAUGAAAGCGCUCGAGGAGCAAUACAACCAAUUACAAGGGAAUUUUCACCUUCAGAACCAGUCCAAGGACGAUCAGAUCAAUUCUCUCCAGGAGCAGGUCAAUACGUGGCGAUCUAAAUACGAAGCUUUAGCUAAGCUCUACUCACAACUGCGACAAGAGCAUCUCGAUCUUCUCCAGACUACAAAAUCACUGAAGCUGAAGGCUGCCUCCGCUCAGGAGGCAAUAGAUGCCCGGGAGCGCCUGCAGCGAGAGAUGAAGACCAAGAACCUGGAAUUAGCAGAUAUGAUCAGGGAGCGCGAUCGAGCUUUGCACGAAAAGGACAGAAGUCAGGGUGGCCACAAAGACGAGCUAGAAAAAGUGAGACGAGAACUGCGUUUAGCUAUAGAAAGAGCUGAAAAUGCCGAAAGAGCCAAGGGGUCCGAAUUGUCGUCACUUAUGGCCAAAUACAACCGAGAAAUGGCUGAUCUCGAGGAGGCUAUGCGUGCCAAAACGCGACAGCUUGACGAUAUCCGAUCUAAGCACGGCGAGCGCAAUCUCGACCACGAUGCUGCUCUCAGAGAAAAGGAUGAUGAGAUCGAGAUCUACAAGUCUGGCAUGGAACAAGCCCUUGAAGAGCUUGAGGAACUUAAACUAGGUUCCCGCGAAACUGAUGGUGGACUUGAUGAAGCCAUCGACGAGGUCAUUAAAGGCAACAUUGUGAAGAUUAAUGACAUGAUUGAUUCAGUGCUUCAAUCUGGUGUGCAGCGAGUCGACGACGCUAUUUACGAGUUGGACUCGCCUAUGCAGGCCGGUAACCAGAACGCAACUGCUCCUUAUGUCCUUUCGCAGGUCGAGAAGGCCUCUUCCAGCGCCACAGAGUUCUCGACCGCGUUUAACAACUUCAUCGCAGAUGGACCGAACAGCAACCAUGCUGAAAUUAUCAAGACUGUAUCCGUGUUUGCAGCAUCGAUAGCGGAUGUUCUUACGAACACGAAAGGUCUACUGCGAUUUGCUACAGACGACAAGAAGGGUGAUGAACUGACCAACGCUGCUCGUCAGUCUGCUCUUAGCACAAUUAACUUCUUCCGAGGUCUGCAGUCUUUCCGCCUAGAAGGUUUGGAGGCGAUGCAGAAGUCGGAUGUUGUAAUCAACAGUAACCACGAUGUCCUAAUGAAGCUGCAGAAGUUGUCGAAAUUGGCAGAUGCGUUCGCACCAAAAUCGACCAAGCUUAGCACAAAAGGCGAUCUGGGUGACCUUGUUGAUGACGAACUCACCAAGGCGGCAAACGCGAUCGAGGCUGCUGCGCAAAGACUCGCCAAGCUGAAGAACAAGCCAAGAGAAGGGUACAGCACCUACGAAUUACGCGUCAACGACAUGAUAUUGGACGCUGCAGUAGCAGUCACAAAUGCGAUCUCUCAGCUCAUCAAGGCAGCCACCGAGUCGCAGAAUGAGAUCGUGCAAAGUGGCCGCGGUUCCAGCUCCCGCACAGCAUUCUACAAGAAGAACAACCGAUGGACCGAGGGUCUGAUAUCGGCAGCUAAAGCUGUUGCAUCGAGUACGAAUACACUCAUUGAAACUGCCGACGGAGUCAUAUCUGGAAGGAACUCUCCUGAGCAACUGAUCGUGGCAUCUAACGAUGUUGCUGCUUCUACUGCACAGCUAGUGGCCGCCAGUCGUGUGAAAGCAACUUUCAUGUCCAAGACGCAAGACCGACUGGAACAGGCAUCGAAAGCUGUUGGUGCAGCUUGCAGAGCGCUAGUGCGGCAAGUACAAGCAAUCAUUAAAGAAAGACAGAAGGAGGAAGGCAGUGGAGAAGACUAUACAUCAUUGAGCUCGCAUGAGUUCAAGGUAAGAGAAAUGGAGCAACAGGUCGAAAUUUUGAAGCUCAACAAUGCGCUGGAGGCUGCUAGGGGGCGUCUAGCCGAAAUGCGCAAGCUAAGUUAUAGAGAAGACUAA